GAUAUUCCGUCGAUGCAUUGACCACAACGGUAAUGGAAGGAAAUAACUCUCUAGCUGCAGAUCUCAGCGGAACAGACCUGUCGAGCCUGUUUCCGCUAAUAGACAGAGAGAACGUACAUGGGCUCAACCUGGCGAUACCAGAGCAAGCUAAAGCAGUUAUCAAGCCGUGGAAUGAGCGUGAGGAUACCACUGUAUAUGCAGACUCCGGUGUAGAUGAUCAAAUGAUCAUACACGUGCCCUUCGCACAGAACGUGCGCGUUAAAUCUAUUAUACUCAAAUUAGGCAGAGGUGAAACUACACCCCGGCACCUCAGGGUGUAUGCGAAUUAUCCCAAUAUCAUCGAUUUCAGUGACGCCGAAAACACAAAGCCACAUUUAAACAUCAGUCUCUCGGAGGGUGAGACAGCAGUGGUAGAAUAUCCUCUGAGGGUUGCAGCAUUUUCCAGCGUUCAUUCAUUAAGCUUGUACUUCCGUGAGUCAGUUGGAGGAGAGCUUUCUCGCAUUUACUACCUCGGAUUCAAAGGAGAUGUGCGGACCCUGCGGAAAGAGGGAACAAAUAAGUUAGAGGUGCCUGCUGCUGAUGCAGCUGAUGCACCCCUUGUGGAUCGUCUUGCACAGAAGACAGGGGGGCAACAGACUACUGCCCGGUGAUAUACUUUGCCUGCCUUGUAUUUGUAUAAUGUAAGUUUGAUGACUGACUGAAAGUGUUUGGUCACCAGCCAACCGAAUCCCUGAACGCAUUCGGUGAUCGCCG